UGGAAUGCAUUGCUUUCUCGCCCGAUGGUGAGCGCCUGGUGUCUGUUGGAGGAUAUAUAAAUCUAUGGGAUUGGAAGAAGGGUGUGCUGGUGGCGAAGCUUAAAGCAAGUUCAUCUGCCAUUUCAUCUGUUAGCUUCUCAGCCAACGGGAAAUUCAUUGUUACUGCUGGAAAGAAGCACUUGAAAUUCUGGACAGUUGGUUUAACACCAAAGAAGAGUACUCGAUUGAGCACAGUUUCAGUAGCAGGGGCGGCACCGAUGAUUCAAGGGAAGCCUGUCAAUCUUGGUCCUCAUAAAGGGAGUUCGUUCGUGUGUGUCACUAGUUCUGCAAAUCCCGAGCCAAUUGGGUCUACUAUGUUCUCUAUCUAUGCGUUAACUGUUGAAGGUGUCUUAUGCGUCAUAGACAAUGGUUUGUCAGUAGUGAGGUCCGCGGAGUUGAAGGUUGAGAAAGGUCUUGCGCUAUCUGCUUCCCGUAGGCUUAUUGCUUGUGCUUGUUUGUAGUGGAAUCGUGAGACUCUUUACCAGUGAGACUCUCACUUAUGCUGGAAGUCUGCUACAUUCUAAACCCAAAGUUUUUGAUGAACCAAGUGAUGAUCAAACUGAAGUCAUUGGGGACGAGUCGAUUCCUUCCUCGCCUGAUGCUGUUGCUUGCCAAUUCUCUGCCUCGGAGAAGUUGGUCGUUAUUUAUGCUGACCAUAGCCUCUAUAUAUGGGAUGUUCUUGAUGUAAGCAAGGCCACCAGGUGUUGGAUGCUGGUUUCUCACUCAGCCUGUAUUUGGGAUAUCAAGAACCUCUGCUGUGAAAAUAUGCACGACCCUUCUCUUGGAUGCGCUGCUAGAGGAUGUCUGGCUGGAGUUUCUUUUGCUACCUGUUCAGCAGAUGGCACUAUCAGGUUGUGGGAUCUUGAACCACAGCCUCAAUUUGUUGGGGAUGACGAUUCUGAAUUACAUGCUCCAAAUGAAACCGAUAAGCACCUCUUGCGUUGUAAGUACUGGGAUCUUUGAGCGAGAUACCUUGGGUAUGGGUGUGAGCAGUCAGGGGCUUCGGUCCAUGGCUGUUAGUUCAGAUGGAAAGUACCUAGCUGCUGGUGAUAGCGAGGGAAGCCUCCACAUCUACAAUCUCUGCACUUCUGAGUAUACAUGCGUACAGGAUAUUCACCAAGCAGAGAUCCUAUCAUUGAGCUUCAGCGUGUCACAUGAGGAACACGUUAAUCGUCAAGAAGUUGAUCAUGGCAAUUACUUGCUUGUGUCAGGGGGAAGGGAUCGAGUUAUCCACCUUUAUGAUGUCAAAAGGAACUUUGAUCUUAUUGCAAGUGUUGAUGACCAUUCAGCUGCCGUGACCUGCGUGAAGCUCGAUAGAGGGGCUGUAAGGCUAUCAGUUGCAGCGCUGAUAGGUCUUUGGUGUUCCGGGACGUUUUUUUUGUCAGACACUGGCUGUAAGAUUUUUAGGCGUCAUCAUCAAAUGGCAUCAAAUGGAACUGUGUACGAUAUGGCUGUUGAUCCAAAAAUGGAGUUUGUUGUCACAGUUGGCCAGGACAAGAAGAUAAACACAUUUGAUGCCGCAUCUGGAAAGCUGGUGAGAUCUUUCAAGCAAGAUAAGGAUUUUGGAGACCCUAUAAAGGUUAUUAUGGAUCCAAGCUGCAGCUAUCUGGUUUGCUCUUACUCUAACAAGAGUAUCUGCGUUUACGAUUCAAUGACCGGAGAAAUGGUCACUCAGGCCAUGGGACAUGGUGAAGUAGUAACCGGUGUCGUCUUUUUACCCGACUGCAAGCAUUUAGUAUCCGUGGGUUUUUCUUGUUCGCCUUGUCCAACUUUCAACUGUUGAUCAAACAAGGACUUCGUUUUAUAUACUGAUUUUCUUCUUUCUCCCAUCAUAAUUUUAUAUGGCGCGUGCAUUCGUUAAUGGGUUGCUGCAAACUAAGGUUGCUGGUGAUGGUUGCAUCUUCGUCUGGAAACUGCCUCCUCGUAUGAGCUACAGGAUACUGCAUAAAAUGAAAGAAAUUUAUGCACCGCUGUCUCCCAGAAAGUUCGAGCUACCAUUACCCUCUACUCGAAUCAUGCUUCAUGAAGAAGACAGCCUGACAUUCAGAGUCGAUGCUGAAGAUAAACAAGAUGUUUUUUGUGAAGGAGUUGCACAUGGAAGGACCCCAACGUUCAGAUUUAGCAUUUCACGACUUCCAAAGUGGGCGCAAUCCAGACUUGCAGACUCCGGUAGCAUUCAAAUAAAUCCCAUUUGCUCGCCAUCUCAGUCGGACCAGGAGCAGGUUGAAUUGAAAUUUUCCCCCCCACUGACACGUGAUGGCCAAGAAUCUGAUCAUCUGUACCUGGAAGUUGAGUCUCCUCUUCCUAGCCUUGAUAUAUGUAGCACGAAGUACUGCUUAAGUAGCUCGUCUUCAGAUUCUGCUCGAAUAACUGAAAGGGGAAUUGAGCCUGUGCCACGUAAAAGUCUGAGUCAAUUUGCCAUGGACAAACGUUGGCUUAGUGUUUAUACCGUGUGCCAUAUACUGAAUUCUCCAGAACUGCAGCGAUCAAUGGAUUUAAAUAUGCCAGUCUCAUCAUCAAGCUCUGAGAAGGAUAAAGCACCCAUAGAUGGUGCUAGACAAGCAGGCGCUUCAGAACUGCAAUCAAGUUCUUGUAAUUGUGAUUUCUUAUACCAAGAAGAUAAACCUCAAUUUAUUGAUAAAAUCACGAAUCCAAGUGAGCAGCAGAUUGCAACCUGGAUACCUGAGCAGUGUUCCGUUAGAUCCGAAAGCCAAGCACGUGAGGGCAUAGCUGAAGAGAGCGCAAUUUUCAAGCAACACUUUGGUAGUUUAUCAACAGCCACUAAGAUAGAAGGCUCUAAAUCUAAAUCAUCUGUGAGAAGAAGUUACUCUGCAAGGUACGUGGUGCGGCGGGACAAUCCUGCACUGUCCCAGAAACUCUUUGCCACACCAUUCCGAUAUUCUGGUCGUAACACUUGCCAGGAUAUUGAAAAUGAUGGCACUCAUAUUCACUCGGAAAAUCCACUAAUCCAGUGUCCGAAAGGAAAUCUGGUAAUGUCUUCCACACAGGUUUAUCCUAGUUGUUUCUUGGUGUGGAAUUUUCAUAACCAUUUGUUGCAUGGCGCCAAAUUGAAUGGUAAGGCUCUUCUUCAGGUGUUUCAUAACAGAUCACAGAGCCUUGCACAAGAUUAUUCCACAAACUGCAUCACGGAGGAAGAAGCUUCAGAUAUGACAAGAGAAAGUAGCUCCGAGCAAAGUGACGGCCUGCUGCAGGAAAGAUUAUCACUGUGCAUAGAAGCAUUACUGAAAUUGGACACCGCAGCUGAGAACGCACUGCAUCUGUUCGCCAACGGACCCGAAGCUGAAUUUCACAAAGGGGCAAGCGACCUGCUUUCGUCGAUAACAAAGAAAAUCGAUGCAGUUGCUAAGCUGGUGCAUCGUGGCAAUUGACAAUAUCAUCAUAAGCUGUAAAUUAACCGAAGUGCAUGGUUGAUUUCGCCAAGAAUGGGCUGGGCAUGUGGGCCCACAGACGGAGCCUGACGAGCUGGUGCCUGGUGGAUAAACGAGCCCAACUUGAAUGGGCUCAAAUGAAAGAGGAAAUGCCCAAACUUUUGUGUUCGGGGCUUCGGGCAGUGGAAUAAGUGGACAUGAUGGCAGCACUGAAAUCAACGGGCUGGGCUCCAGUAAAGAAGCAACAAGCAAGCUAUUGGAAAAGGAGGUACAAAAUUUUCUGGACCUUUCUUCGUGUGGGACGGGAACGUCUCUUUUUUCUUUUUUUGACAAAGUUUCCAUUCCCGCUACGAUCUAUGGGCCUUUCUCCUUUAUUACCCGUAUAUAUAAACAAAAAAGCAAAAGAGGGAAACAAAAGUAAAGAAGACCCAUCUUUUCUUUUCUCCUUGUAACAGCAGCUCUUUAUCUUUUUUCUUUCAUUCAAGUACACUCCUCCUGAUUUUCAUUGUGAAUUUCCCAAUAUAAAACAAGUAGGAGCCGAGCUCGGUUUGUAGAUUUCAAGGCAAAUGUCAGUGAACAAUGUGGGUAGCGGUGGUUUUGUAGUAGUAGCCACACCAUACUAGGAUAGGAGGAGGAAGAUAUGUAGGAAUAUUUGUAAAUCCCUAAGAAGGUAUGUCCCCUUGGAAAUUAAUGGUCUUGUGCACAUUAGCUUUGUCUUGCUUUAGUAACAU